CAAGGAGAAUACGCCAUUCACCAGAAACCCUACGUUGCCAUUAAGAAAGAAAUUCACGAGAACCAUCCACUAUGGAAAGUGUCCCAGGAGACUACAGCAAACGAGUGUAUCAAGGUGUGCGAGUGAAGCACACAGUCAAAGACCUACUGGCAGAAAAGCGAUCCAGGCAGACAAGCAACUCAAGAUUUAAUGGCAGUGUCAGUUCCUCUCCAGCUGCAUUUGUCCAGAUGCCAGGUUCACCGGUCAUGUCAGGUUACUAUGGUGUCAGACGAUCUUUCUUAUCGGACUCCGACUUCCACAACACCAAAUUUGCAAACGACGCCUGCACCUCCAGCCUGGGGAAGCCCUUCCCCUGCGAGUCUUCGGCAGGGCAGAGCCACCCGACCCUCCUGGAUUCCUACUUCCCGGAGCCCUACGGGGACCACCGAAGCCCGGCCCUGAACCCCAACACUGGUUCUCUGUUUAGCGCCUCGCCCCUGCCGCCGCUCCUGCCGCCGCCCUUCCCCAGUGACCCCACGCACUUGGUGCUGAGGGACUCAUGGGAGCAAACAGUGACGGAUGGUCUCAGCCAGCCGGACCCUAUGUCCACCGAUGUCCUGCAGACCUUGCCACCCAGCACAAGUUGCCUCUCCCAGCUGGAAUCAGGGAGCACCACCCAGCACAGGAGCUCGAGCUGGGGGCCCCCCCUAGCUGGAGCUCAGUCCUACUCACUGCAUUCGCUGGAAGAUCUGUACCAUACACCAGGGUACCCCACCCCGCCCCCCUACCCUUUCACCCCUUUCACAACAAUGUCCAACGACCUACAACCCAAGGUGGUGCCCCUCUCCCCAGAUGAGGGGGCAGAUGCCUCUACCCUUCAGGACCCUUCUCCAUGGACCAAAGAAGAUGGAAGCAUGGCGUGGGGGUCAUAUGAAUGCCGCAGGGCUUACUAAGGGGAGGGGGCACCAAAGAACUUAUUUACUUUUCUUUCACUUGGGUUCUGUAUUCCACAGAUUGGUUUUGGUGUGGCAGCUCACUCAGAACUAGAUUUUCAAGAUAAGCCAUCAUGCCACCCUUUGUUAAUGGAUAAUGGCAUUUAUUUGUAAUCCUCCCCAUCAUAACCCCACUGAAA